AUGGACAGAUUUAUUAAUCGGAAAAGAAAAUAUGACAAUGAUGAGAAUACGGAAAUCAGUGACACUACAUUGCCAUCAACUUCUGAGACGUUAAAACAGAGCGGAGGUAAGUGUCGGUAUUACAAUGAAUCAUAUAUGGAUAUAGGUUUUACAUGGUGUGGUCCAAAAGAUGAACCUAUUCCCGAGUGUAUUGUAUGUGGGAAAAUGUUGACCAACGAAUCGAUGGUGCCCAGCAAAUUGAAACGCCAUUUUAGUAAACAACAUUCUCACUUGAAGAAUAAAGACGUUCAUUAUUUCAGAAAACUUCUCAGUGAUCAAAAAAAAGAAGCAACCAAAUUUACAAAAAAGGUCAAAGUGUCCGAGAGGGCUCUCGAAGCAAGUUUUGUUGUUUCACAAAUGAUCGCCAACAACAUGAAAGGGCAUACUAUUGGAGAAAAACUAAUUAAACCCACUUGUAAGGAAAUGGUGCGAAUAAUGAUUGGAAAUGAAGCGGCUCUUGAAAUCGAUAAGAUACCUAUGUCAAAUGAUACUGUUUCUCGUCGCAUCUGUUGUAUGUCGACAGAUAUUAAAGAGCUCGUUAUAGAAAAGAUGAAAAACUCUCGGUUCACGCUUCAAGUCGAUGACUCAACUAGUAGCGACGGAAAAUAUUACAUGAUAGGAUUCGUUCGUUUUGUCGACGAUAAUGCUAUUGUAAGCCAGUUUUUGUGUCUGAAAGAGUUUAAAAAAAAUACUAGAGGUAAAGACAUUUUCGACACAAUCGAUUAUUUUUUUGAAAAUAAUGGAAUAUCGUGGAGUGACUGUGUUGGAAUUUGCACAGACGGAGCUCCAAGUAUGACUGGGAGUAUCAAGGGAUUUGUUACACUGGCUAAAAUAAAAAAUCCAUUAAUCGUUAAGACCCACUAUUUCAUCCACAGAGAAGUGCUGAUGACAAAAACGUUGGGUAGUGAACUCAAUUCCGUUCUGAGUAAUUCCGUUCGUAUGGUCAACUACAUUAAAGGAAAGCCCCUAAAAAGUAGAAUUUUUGCCGAAAUUUGUGAAUCAAUGGAUGCUGAUUUCACAAAUUUGUUGUACCAUACCGAAGUGAGGUGGUUAUCCAGAGGAAAGGUUCUGUUACGUCUCUAUGAAUUGAAAGAGGAACUUUUGCUGUUUUUCAUGGAAGAGGAAAACAAUGAAUUUACAUGUUAUUUGGAAGACCACGACUGGAUAUCAAAAUUCGCAUACUUGGCUGAUAUUUUUCAAUAUCUUAACCAGGUUAAUUCUAGUUUGCAAGGACCAUCAGAAAAUAUUUUAACUUCCACCGACAAAAUUUCAGCCUUUCAAGAAAAAAUGUCCGUGUGGUGUGCAAACUUGGAUAAAGGGAAUACAACUAUGUUUCCACUGUUUACGGGCCAGGAAAACUCCAGUCCUACCGUUCUAAAAAUCAUACGAAGUCACUUACAGACUUUACAAAUGUCUAUGAAACAUUAUUUUCCAGACUUAAACGUUGAACACUACGACUGGAUUCGGAACCCUUUUACUUCCAUGAUACAAACAGAUCACUGUGAGGUACAACAGGAAGCAGUGGAAUUGAAGAACGACCGAACGCUUCUAGUUAAGUUUAAUGAGGUCACGCUAGACAGCUUUUGGGUGGCUCUUAACAAUGAAUACCCUCGAUUAUCGAAAAAGGCUAUUGAAGUGCUCCUUCAGUUUUCUACGUCUUGGUUAUGUGAGCAUGGCUUUAGUGCACUAACAAAUAUAAAAACAAAAAAACGCAACAGACUCACAAAAACAACGAUAGAAGACGAUAUGAGACUCGCUCUUUCCACCAUCAACCCUAGGAUUCCCCAACUUUGUAAAAAACACCAGGGUCAAAUUUCACAUUAA